ACAGGCAGCCCCUGAAAACAUGGAGUCAUCAAUGGAUUCAGAGAAACAACAGCUGAUUGAGACUCAUUUGGAGCCUCUUAGAUGGAUGAGUUUCCCAGAGGACACAAAUUCAGACUCUGCAUCAGAGUCCAGUGAAGACGCCUCCAGUGUGGACGGCCUGUGGCAGCCCGACCAGCUCUGCCAACAGACCGACUCCAUGUCAGUGGCUGAAAGUGACGUGAGACGUUCGGCCAGAAGGAGGCUUUUAAUGGCCUGUGCUGUCAGCCUUGUCUUCGUGACCGGAGAAGUGAUUGGUGGAUACGCUGCUCACAGUCUGGCCAUCAUGACGGAUGCAGCUCAUCUCCUCACUGACUUUGGCAGCAUCGUCAUCAGCAUCUUCUCUCUGUGGAUCUCAGCCAGGCCUCAAACACACACCAUGACCUUUGGGUGGCAUCGAGCAGAGAUUCUGGGCAUGUUGCUGUCAGUAGUGUCAGUCUGGGCCGUGACAGCGGUGCUCGUCAUAUCAGCCAUCCAGAGGAUCACCGACGGAGACUACGACAUCGACAGUCAGAUCAUGCUCAUAACCUCAGGCUGUGCUGUGGCGGUCAACGUCCUGAUGGUCCUGAUCCUCCAUCAGUCCGGAGCAUCACACGGCCACGGCCACACGUUUAAUGCCAGCCGGCUGCAGACGGACAAACGGCAUCAGGGGAGCAGCCACCAUCACAGCCACGGCAACGCCAGUGUGAAGGCAGCUUUCAUACAUGUGGUGGGAGAUCUGGUGCAAAGUGUGGGAGUCCUGCUGGCUGCUACUGUCAUCCACUUCUGGCCUCAGUAUAAGGUAGCAGAUCCCAUCUGCACGUUCCUGUUCUCGGUUCUUGUUGUUGCCACUACUCUUCCAGUCACAAAGGACGUCUUCAGAAUCCUGAUGGACGGAGCUCCUCAGCACGUUAACUCCAGCGCUGUGAGAGAGCUGCUGCUGUCUGUCAGAGGAGUCGUGGACGUUCACAGUCUGCACGUGUGGAGCCUCAACAUGACUCGCUCUUUGCUUUCUGUCCACGUGGUCACAGAGGAAGAUGCUGAUGCACAGAUCGUCCUCAUGAAGGCCUCAAAGCUCCUGCGCUCUGAGGUUGGGUUCUCCAGCGUCACAAUCCAAGUGGAGCGUUAAAGGAACGACUGCUGAAGGCACAAUGUGAGAACUGUAUGAGGACUGAGACACCUCCAUCACUGACGUGAGGGUCCUGUGUGGUUACUGUUGUUGCAGUUCGUCCUGGUCACCAGUGGAGGUCGAUAGAGAUCAGUUAAUAUAUUAAUAGAGAUCAGUUAAUGCCACAUAAAUAAAUUAUUAAAUGAUGAUUCAUAUUUUAA